GAGGCUUUCAGUGUUUUUGUUAAGCUCCGAGCGCUAAAGCAAUCCCCUAAACUAUUCCAGCUCCCAGUUUCCUAAAACUCUGGAGUUCAUUUUAGUUUACGUUGCUAGCUGCUGUGAAUAAAUCUUGAGAAGAACAGAUUUAGACAGGUCUUGAACCCAGUUCGUCCGGUGCAGUGUAAAGACGCCACCUCUUGCCAUAUUGUGUCAUAGGAUGUCUCGUAGCCCUGAGGUGAAGGAGGACCCCAUGGAGUGCCCUCUCUGCAUGGAGCCCUUGGAGAUUGAUGACGUCAACUUCUUUCCCUGCACCUGUGGCUACCAGAUCUGUCGCUUCUGCUGGCACCGCAUCCGCACUGAUGAGAACGGCCUCUGUCCCGCUUGCAGAAAGCCCUACCCGGAGGACCCAGCAGUGUAUAAGCCCCUGUCUCAAGAGGAGCUCCAGAAGAUAAAGAAUGAGAAGAAGCAGAAGCAGAAUGAACGCAAGCAGAAGAUCACAGAGAACCGCAAGCACCUGGCCAGCGUUCGUGUUGUCCAGAGGAACCUGGUGUUUGUGGUUGGAUUAUCUCAGAGACUGGCCGACCCUGAGGUCCUGAAGAGGCCAGAAUAUUUUGGGAAGUUUGGCAAGAUCCAUAAAGUGGUCAUCAACAAUAGCACCUCAUAUGCUGGCUCACAGGGUCCUAGUGCUAGUGCCUAUGUUACUUAUAUUCGGUCAGAAGACGCCCUCAGAGCUAUACAGUGUGUCAACAAUGUAGUAGUAGAUGGCCGAACACUGAAGGCAUCUUUAGGUACAACAAAGUACUGCAGUUACUUUUUAAAAAGCAUGCAGUGUCCCAAACCAGACUGCAUGUAUCUACAUGAGCUAGGUGAUGAGGCAGCUAGUUUCACAAAAGAAGAAAUGCAGGCUGGAAAGCAUCAAGAAUAUGAACAGAAACUUUUACAAGAGCUCUACAAACAAAACCCCAGCUUUUUGCAGACCUCCACUGGACCAGGGGAGAAGACAAAGAGCAAAUCAGGCCCUGUACAGAGUAUCAACAAAGAUGCAUGGCCAUCGUUACAGCCCACAGGAAAGACACCCAAUGGGGUUUCAGAUCUCUCCAAGAGCCCGCCUAUAGAUGGAGGCUCAGACUGUGAACACCUGACUCCAGAUGGACCAGAUUCUGAACUGGGCCUAGGAUCCCUCCCAGCCCUCACUUCUUUCUCCUUAAUCUGUGAACCUACCAGUCCCAGUGAUCAAUCUCCAGAAGUCGUCAGUAUAGAGAACGGAGAAACAUUGCCGCAGAUUCCUUGCAGUGACUCACCGUCGCCCCCUCCAGGCCUGACCAAGCCGUGUCUUGUGGUGCCAAUCAACGUGCCUGGUAUAAAGUCACGGUUGCCCUUUGAUGGAACGGCCGCUGAGUCGCAUUCACUUUUUUCUGACAACAGCAACUUCAGACAUCCAAACCCCCUCCCCAGCAACAGCAGCGCACCAGGUUUUCCCAGCUCCACACAGAGCACUACAGACUGGCCCACAGCUCCUGAACCACAGAGCUUAUUCACUUCAGAUACCAUACCAGUCUCAUCCUCCACAGACUGGCAGGCAGCCUUCGGCUUCGGCUCCUCCACCAAACAGCAGGAAGAUGACCUUGGCUUUGACCCCUUUGACAUCACAAGCAAGGCAUUGGCCGACCUUAUGGAGAACGAGCUGUCGUUGCAGGACAAAACCUCAACCUCAUUUCCAAAUCAUGUGCCCCCUGCGCCAGGUUUCCCACCUCACAUACCCAACUCGCACCACAGUGCUCCCAUUGCCAAGGCUCCUCAGCUGCAUCCUGUCUCAUCUAUACACAUUCCCCCGAACUGUGGGCUGACCCUGUGCGCCUUCUCCCAACAUCCUCAGCAUCCUCAGCAUUCUCAGCGACCGGGUUAUGCCUCAUUCAGCUUCUCUGGGCACACACAGGCAUCACGUCACAGUUGGCUGGCAAUGUCAGCGCGCAGCAACCUCUCACACUUGAACCACAGCGUCACACAACACAGCAGUUUCUUGGACUUAAGUCUGCCACCUCAACAGCAGCAGCUGCAACAUAGUACAGGUCUGGGAGGAAUCCCCAUCACAGAAAACAGCAGUUCAGUAGAAGGUAUAAAUGUCAAAGAAUGGCAAGAUGGUCUGCGAGCUCUUUUACCCAACAUUAACAUCAAUUUCGGUGGGUUGCCUAACUCCUCAUCUUCCUCCUCUUCAUCCUCCUCCUCCUCAUCCUCUUCGUCCAGCGUAAAUCACACAGGGGGUAUUACACACAGUCUGAGCUGGGACGGCACGGCCAGCUGGAUGGACCCGGCCAUUAUCACAGGUGUUACAGGUGUCCCAGGAUCCUCAGCCAACUGUCUGGACUCUCUUCAAGACGAAAGUCCUCCUCACUGGCUUAAGUCCCUGCAGACCCUCACAGAGAUGGAUGUACCAUUAGGAUCCACAGUGCCCCCUCAGCCCCCACACAACACACCCUUCAGUGCCCAGAUGUCCCUUCACAGAGCCAGCUGGGCACCCUACCUACCCCCAGCCUCCACUAGCGCUCCCAGUCAGUUCCACUCUCCCCCGCCAGGCUUUCAAACAGCAUUCAGAGCCUCAGCUCAGCCCCCCACAGACCUGCUGCAGAGUGCUGGCCUGGACCGCCACUAGGGCCUGGGACAUUGAUGCCUUUUUCCUUUACUCCAGAAAAAAACCAAAUGCACAACAAGAUUUAAAGAAAAACCAUGAAAUACAAACCUAUUAACAAAGUGAUGAUAAAAUUAUAUGAUUUUUCUUCCUUCUUCUGGCCAUUUUGACACCCCACCCCCACCCCACCCCACCCCUUGGUUUCACAUUUUCUUGGUUUCACAUUUUCUUGGUUUAGUCUUGUUUCCCAGGUGCUCUAUCCCAUCAUCCAAAAUAAGGAGGUUCUUUUAACACUGCAUUGUUAAUUGGGGAAUGAAGUAAUGUCACAUUUUGUAGUAGUAUUAGGGUGAAAAAUUCAUAUAACGAGGAAAGUUAAAUGAAAAAUCAUGCAAAAAUCAUGAGUGAGUGGAUUUGUGUAUCAGACAGGAUUCCAUUGAAACAACGAAGAGUGUUUACCUUUCAGGCGAUACUAUAGUGUAUUUUUGCCUGCACAGAAAAAAAGGUUGCUUCUCACUAGCAGUAAAAAAUCACUAUGAUUUAAUAAGUAAACCAGGUGAGGUGAUGGCCAGAUGGCCAGUAUUUUUCAUGACAAACUUUCAUCCGUGUGAUGGCUAAUGGAGUGGAACAGAAAAUGUUCAGCAAGUAAAAAUGUUGAAAAGACCAAUUCAGAUAAGGUACAACCUUGUUUAAAGAUACAUGUAAACAUUUGCAGCCUUUAGCAGACACUUUAUCCAAAGCCAAUAACAAUUAUGACUGACUACAGUUUUUGAGCAAUUGAGGGUUAAGGGCCUUGCUUAGGGGCCCAACAGUGGCAAAUUGGUGGUGGUGGUAAUGUAAAUGCCGCAAAUGGUGGGGCUUGAACCAGCAGCCUUCUGAUUACUUGUCCAGUACCCUAACCACUGGCCACUGCCCUAUAGAAGUACUUGUGAAGUCAAUCCCAAAGCAAAGUCGACCAAUCACAUCGUCUUAGCCAAAGAUAAGUUACUUUACCCAUGUUUUUUGCCCUCACACUGUAACAUUUAUAUUUCAGCUCAUAGCUGCUUGGUUUGGCUUAGUGCUUUCUACUCUUCAAAUACAGAACUAUUACGUAAUACAAAACUAAGCAAGGUCAACAUCAAGUGCUCUUUUAUUUUAAUCAUGAGCCUGCUUUACUCUCUACUAUCCAUAUCAUAUUCAUGCAUGAUGCUGAACGAUUAGUUGUUCAGCUAAAAGAAACCAGUGUUUUUUCUGUCUACAUUUAGCCUUAAAUUUUUGACUUCAGUCUAGAGGCAGCCUUAACUCUCCGGGUAUGGCUUUUGCAUCAUGCCUUCAAGAACUGCACAGGAUGUGUCAUCAUACUUCCAUUGACCGAGUGUUGCCUUUCAGAGCCUUGCUCAAGACCCUCUCACCAUGAGUGCUGGGAGGGACAGGAAGCUUUUCGGCUGCAACACUGCACUUAACCUCUGUAUCAGAGGACAGUGCAUUGCAAAUGAAGCCAAAGGCCUUUUCAGGGGGACUGAACCCAUUAAAAUAAAGGGUAAGAGAUGAAGCGCCACUGUGUGGUGUUUUUGUAGCUACUUUUACACAAAAAGAACAUCCAAAGGGGAGUGUGCAUUACUGGAUGAGAUGAAUAGAAGGUGGAAGCAAUAUGGUCUGCAAAUGGAUGGAAGGUUGGAUAGUAAGCUUGUUUUGAAACCCACUGGUACAAAUGUGUCCUUUGCUUUAGUUGAGAAAACACUGUUGUUUGCACUUGUAAAUGUCUAAAUCAUAUCGGGUUGCAAUAAGGUGAGCAAACUAAUUAUAUUCAGUUAAUAAGAUGAUCCUUUAAUAAUGAGCACAAACAAAUUUAGCUUAUUAGAGUAAUUAGUUUGUUUUUUUCUCGCACUUAUGGUGAAAGCUGGGAUAGAAGCACAGAUGGGCAACGACAGUUCUGUCAAGGCAGACCAAAGGCUUUUUAAACCCCCCCUUCCUCGUCUCCUUUAAUUUUCUUUUAAUGGUCUUAAUCCUGUAUCACUUGUGUAGGUUCCUGCCAACUGUUCAGUAUUUGACAGUAUUCAAGAGCAGUGAUUAAAAAUUAAAUCUUGAAAUGAACCAAUACGGUUCAACUAUGAGAAGAAAAAAAAACACAGAACAUUUAAAAUGAAGAGCUGAAGGAAUUGUACUGUGCAGGUCUGGAAGAAUAAAACAAUCUUUAAUAAAUGAAAAA